UAUAAAGUAUAAACUGAUGUCGCACGGUUAGCGUGUUGUUGCCGUUUUGUGUGUUGGAAAAUACAUAGAAAAUCUAGUUAGAUGUUCAAUAGAAUUUCUGUAGGUCAAACUAAAUACAUAUUUAUUAAUGCAUCUGAAUAUUAUUAUUAUGAUCGAAAAAGCAGUAGUGUAAGCAUUUAAAAUGAGUGACAAUAUCAAAGUAGUAGUAAAAGUUCGACCUCUCAUUGCUCGAGAAGUUGAAGACAAACUUUUUUAUCAAUGGCGUGUAAGAAACUCUACGUUAUAUCAAAUAGAUCAAAAUGGGAGAGAUUGUGGUCAAAAUUUCACAUUUGACAAAGUUUACGACAAGGAUGCUAAAACUAGUGAGGUGUACAACGAUAUUGCUAAGCCGAUUGUGGAGGCGGCAAUUGCGGGUAUUAAUGGCACUAUAUUUGCUUACGGUCAGACAUCGUCAGGCAAAACACAUACUAUGACCGGGACUGAUGAUUCUCCUGGUAUUAUACACCUGGCUGUGUUAAAUUUAUUUGAUUUAAUAAGGAAAAUUCCAGACAGAGACUUUCUUCUCAGAGUCUCAUUUGUUGAAAUAUAUAAUGAAACACUAAUAGAUUUGCUUGAUGUAACAAAAAAUAUUAAAAUAUGUGAUACUCAUAAUGGCGUUAGAGUUGAUACUACUGAGAAAGUGACAUCUUCACCAGGAGAAGUGUUAGAGUUUAUGAAGCAGGGUGAAGCAAAUAGACAAACAGCAUCAACAAAUAUGAAUGAUAAAAGUAGUAGAUCUCACUCAAUUUUCCAAAUUACAAUAGAAUCUCGUGAACAUACAGAAGAUGAAGAGGAAGUUGGGUCAGUGAACAUAUCACAGUUAAACUUAGUUGACCUCGCAGGGUCAGAGCGUGCUGGGCAGACAGGUGCCACAGGAAUCCGGUUUAAGGAAGGCACACAUAUUAAUAAGUCACUUUCAGUUUUGGCACUUGUUAUUAAACAACUAUCUGAAGGACAAAAUAAACAUGUAAGUUAUCGCGACAGUAAAUUGACACGCAUUUUACAAAACUCGCUCGGAGGGAACGCGAAGACCAGCAUUAUAUGUGCAGUGACACCUGCAGUAGUCGAAGAAACCAUAUCAACAUUACAAUUUGCAUGUAGAGCUAAAGCAAUCAAAAAUCGACCAGAAGUAAAUGCAGUGGCAACAAGCUCUAGUAUGAUACAAAACCUCACCAAACAAUUAUGUGCUCUUAAAACUGCACUUGAGAAUAAGAGAAAUGUGGAGCAAGACAACUGCAAUCUUCAGAAACAAAUAGCACAUCUACAAAAGUUGAUUUUGAACGGUUUUCACCAAAGAAAUAGUUCUGAUCUCAUAUCUGGUGCGAGAAGAAAACUUUGUCCACCGAGGCGUAUGACAAUAUCGACUUUACAUCCGAUACAGGAAGAUACAACUCCGUCCAUACCUAAGUUUUGCACUCCCAGUUUAAAGUACAAUGCUCUUUUAAUACCGGGUGGUUCCGGCUUCGCACCCAUCAGUAGCGAGUCUCUCUCAUGCCUUACAGAAGCACCAACGAGAGCUAUCACACCGCCAUCUAGAGACAAGAAAGUGCAGUUUAAUGACGAAAUUAUUGAAAUAGAUAGCGACGACGACACACCGACGGAUGUUCCAAUUUGUUCGCCGUAUCACAAAUGCUAUGAUUCUUCCAAAACUCCACCAUGCAUUUUGCGCAAAAACUACAAAGAAGCGGAAAAGAACUAUAAAGACAUAGUUAAAUUUACUGAAAGAGAGAAAGUUUACGGGCCUCAUACGGACGAACUAAUUAAACAAUUAGAAGAAAAGUCGCUGGCUCUUAAUAAAGUUAAGACAAGUUUAAGUGCCUUAACUGAUGUAUGUAAAGAAAAGGAUAAGCAAAUAGAACAAUUACAAGAGACUGUUACGCAAACUGAAAUUAAACUAAAAAAUAUAACUACUGCUAAGUUGGAUUUAGACGCCCACUGUCUACAAUAUCAAACUAAAUUAACCGACUGGGAAGUAAGUUACGAUACUCUAAUGAAAAAGACAAAAAUUAGGGAAAAAGAACUACUAUCCCUAUUGGAAGAAAAUUCUAGAAGGAAAAUGAAAGAGAAUGGUACAAUGUAUUCUCCACCGAAAAGUCAAGAACAAAAUGAUCUAUCUGAUGGAUGUAGAAUAACAGAAAGUGAUUCUUCAGAUUCUGACUUAGCUUCAAAACAGAUCCGAGAUAUGGCUGCUGAAUUAGAAGCACAAAUUGUGUUGAAAGAACAAACUAUCAUUGAGUUACAAGCUACUAUAUCGGCUGAUAAGCUCAACAUAGAGACAUUAGAAAAUGUUAACAGAGAAACCAAGAAAAUGCUAUCCGACUACAAACAAAAUGUCUUACUAAUAGAAACUGAAAAUGAUAUUUUAAAAUCUAAAAUAAGUGACCUCAAUUCUUUAGUUGAAAGUCAAAACUCGGAAAUUAAAACGUUUAAUGCCGAUAUUGAUUCUUAUAACACUGUUAUAAAAGAUUUACAAGAGAAGAUAUUGCAGAAAGAUAAAUUGCUCAUUAGUAACACAAUAGUUGACGAUAAAGAUAUCGAAUCAUUGAUAGCAAUAGAAGAAUCAUUUAUUGCAAACAAUGAAAAUAUCAGAAACAUAAUAAACUCUUUAAAGAAUAUUUUAGAUAGCAAAAAUGAGGAAAUAGAAAAAUUAAAAGCUAGUUUAACCAAUGAAGAACAGUCCAGCAAAGACUCAAAUAAUUAUCAUGAAGAAAUACAAAAUAUCAAACAACAAUUAGAAGAAAAUCAAAAUACCAAUUCAAAAUAUGUCAUUGAAAUAGAAAAACUAAAAGAGCAGAAUGCCGAUUUGAUUUCUACUAUAAGUACUUUAGAAGAAAAGUAUACUAUUCAAGAAGAAAUUCUCAAGUCCAAAACUAUACAAUUAGAGUCAGAAAUAAAUACUUUAGAAGAAACUAUACAAUCCAAAGAAAAUAUUAUCAGCUCAUUUAUAAAUGAAAACCAGAAAACCCAAGAAAAUUUAAAUACAGCGAAGUUAACACUUAAUAAACUACAGGAUGUUAUUAUUUUGUUGUCAGGAAAUAUUCAAGGCAUACCAGAUAUGUUUGACGAUUUUGCAAGCGUUUUUAAAGUUUUUGGAGAUAAUUUGAAGACCUUAGAAUGUGUUGUUCAGGAUAGUAUUGAAGAUAAAAAGUCCUUGCAAGAAUUAAUAAAUAAACAUGAAAAAGAAAUAAUAAAACUUCAGAAAGAAUUGGAUAAUGCUAGUGAAAUAGUUGACUCAGCUUCAAAAGAUUUUAUUGGGUUGACCCAGACGUCAAAUAAUAGUGUUGCAGACGAAGAAAGUGCUGAAUUUAAGUUAGCCUCCAAAAUUAAAACGCUCAUUGAUGGUGUACAACACAUGCAAGAUAUUUUUGAUCAAAGUAUUAAUAGUAAAGAUACAGAAAUAAAUAAUUUAAGAUCAGAUAUUAUAGUGACCGUAUCAAAUCUUAAUGAUAAAUCAAAAGAAUUAGAAAGUAAAAGUCAAGAACUACAAGCAGUUUUGGUAGGACAUGAUAAUAUCUUACAUGGUAUACUAAAUAAGAUAGUGGAUUUAGUAUUGGAACUCAAAAUUGAAAAUAUUUCUGUUGAAUGCUCUAAAAGCACUAACUCUCCUGAGCUUAUUUCUGAGUAUAUAAAUAAACUGGCAAGUGAGAUUAGGACUAUUCAGGCUAAAAAUGAAAGCAAUUAUUCCAACAGCCUACAAGAAAUAGCGGAUGCUACAGCAGAAAUAAAACAACUAAAUGAUGAAAAUAUAAGAUUAAAUAACGCUCUUUCACAACUCAAAACAGAAAACUCUAAUCUUUGUGAGGAAAUUAUUUCUAUUAAAACAAAAAAAGAAGAUAUUAUAGACAAUUUGACGACAAGCAACAAAGCAUUAAGUCAAUUGCAAAUUGAUCUUGAAGCAAAAUCAAGUGAAAUCGAUGUUUUGCAAAGUAAAGCACUGGAAUGGAAGGAACAGUUUUUAAACCUGGAUACAACAAUGAAACAAGAACUUGAUAAAUUGGAGUUUGAGAAUUCUGAAUUAAAGAAAGAAUUGGAAAGAUUAAGUAGCAACAAAAGUAUAGUAGAAGAAGAAGUGAAGAGCAAUUCUAAUAUUAAUAAGGCACCAAAAAAUUCCAAAGAGAUUGUAGACCUAAAAUCACCUCAGAGUCUACUAACUAUUUGUUGCGAUACCAUAUUAGAUGCGAUACAGCCAAGCGAAAAUGAAACGUCGACUUGUCCUUCUACUUCCAAUACAAGUUUGUGUGAAUCAAAAGUUCAACUUUCUUGCAGAUGCGAUGAACUACAGUCUAAAGUCGAUAUUCUACAAAUUGAAAAUGAGAAUUUUAAAAUGAGCUUGCAUAACUUGCAAGAUUAUAAUAAGAGCCUAGUUUUAGAAUUAGAAGAAGCAAAAGGUGAAUUACUACUGCUACUAGAUUUGACUCAUGAAUUACAGAGGAAAAUUGUAAACCAUCGAACGAAUCUGUCUACAUUAACUGCUACAACAUACGCGGAAAAUAUAUCUCUUAGUUCCCAACUUCGAUCACUUCAACACUAUCACAGCUUAUUUUAUAGAUCAUGCGAAAAGGACAUACCAGAAGUAAAAAAGGACUUGCAGGAACUUAUGGCUUUACUUAAAACUGGAAACGCACUUACAAAUGAAAGUUGCCGCAGAUAUUCCUUGCCCACUGCUUUGGAGAACAGUGCCAUUCAACCAUCGAAGUGUGAGUCAAUGUUAGAUGGAGAUCUUCUUAUGUUAGACACUAAUAUAACAUUAACAACAUGUGAUAAUACUCUGACUGGACAUGAACAAAGUUGUUUUGAUGCAACGCAAUCUUCCAUAGACGUAGAUUGUCAGACAAACAAUUGUAGUGGAGUUAAUGAUAUCCAAAAUCCUUCAAUACCAAGAGACACGGCACGCAAAAUAUUACAAAAUGUUGAAUCAUUAAAACUCGAAAAUAAUAAGUUGCGAGAAAUUGUUGAGGAAUACGAACUUAUUAAGCAAAAUAAGUUAAAGUAUGUUGAUUCCCAAAUUAGCCCAAUUAAACUAGUCAAUUUCAUUAAAGAAGAUUGUGAAAAAUGCCUAGAGCUCCAGGAGAACAUAAAAACUCAUAAUGAUAUUUUAAAUGAAAAUGAUACGUUGCGUCGACAAUUAGCUGAGGUAACCAGUUUAAAAGAUGAUAUAGAAGCUAAAUAUAAGACGUCUGUAGCUGAAAUAGCUUCAACAGAAGCGUUACUUACCAAAUUGAAGAACUUUGAAAAAGAUCUGACAUUAAAAUCCCAAGAAAUAUCAAAGCUUACAUCGUUAAUUAAUACAAAAAAUAAAGAGUUAGUUAAGUUACAGGAGGAAAAUGACUCAUUAUCAAAUCAAGUCAUGGACAAUAUAUAUGAAACUGAAACAUUAAAAAAAGAAAUAGACUCCUUAAAGCAAAACAACCUAGAAGUAUCACAAAAACACGCCAAACUACAGGAAGAGUAUGAUAUCCUGGAUGAAGAACAUUUCAAUAGUAAUCAUAUACAAGACAAAUGCCAAGAGUGUAUAAAGAAAGAUGAUAUAAUUAAAUCGUUACAAAGCACAGUGUCUGUGUCCAGAUACAAUAAAAUAUGUACUCUUCAAAGUGAGCUUCACGCUGGUAAAGAGGAUUGCAACGAACUGAAAAAUGAAGUUACGAACAUAAAAAAUCAUUUAGAUAAAAGCAACAUUUCUAUUGUUCAAGCUAUGGACUUGGAUGACAGCAUAGGGGAUUCUAAUGUAAUGCCAUUAAAAAAAAGCGAUCUUGAUCCUAAGUUUAUGCCAGAUUUACCAAAGGAACGGCCAUUGGACAUGUACACACUAGAUAAAGUCGAUUGUGUUAAUUACUGCAUUCAAAAUACUGGAUUAGAUGAAGAAAGCUUUACUUGUGAUAUGAAAAUCAUUGAUGUUAUGAAACUGCUGUACACUAAUGUACUCACAAAACACAAUAAUGAAAUAGAAAAUUUAGUUAAUAGAUUAAAGGACUUUGAAGAAUCAAAACUGACAUUACAAUCUGACUUUAAUAAUUUAAUGUAUAACCAAGAAACGCUAUCAAAAGAAAUUAAUGAAAAAAAUGUCUAUCUUCAAGCAAUGGCCAAUGCUGUAGCCAGUAUUAAAAAUAAUUUAAGUUGUAUAAACAAUACAAUAAAUGAAUCUGAAUUAUCUGAAGUAUCGAUCGAUAUAAUCGAUAUGUAUAAAAAUACUUUCUUUAAAUUUAUUGACAAAGAGUUUGGUUUAUCUAGCCUUGAAACAUUUGAUUUAAUUUUAAAUUUAAUAGAGGAAAAACAUAGAUCAGAAAUGAUUAAACUAUCUGAAGGAAAUAACUGUCAUCGGACGAUUUCCGAAAAUGUGGAAAUGUUGAAUAAAGAAUUGGAGACUGUUAAAUCUGAUUUACAUAAUAAGGAAAAAGAAAACAAUCUUCUUGUAUUGCAAAAAGAAAAAAUGUUUGAAAUUAAUAAUUGUGUCACCCUAAACAUAGUAAAAAAUGAUCAAUUUCUUCGUGACACUACAAAUGAGAUUUAUCAGGAGCUUGUAAGUAAAAAUCUUAUUGAUAAAGAUGUUGUAAAUAUGUCUAUGCCAUUUAAUGAGAUAAUUCCAAUUAUGUUUAAAUGUGCUACACAACAGCAACAGUCAAUAAAUGAAGAAAACACUAAAUUAACUGUAGAAAUUAAUACUAUGAAAGUUUCAUUAGAUGAAAAGAAUAGAGAACUAUCUAUAUUACAAGAAGAAAUUAGCAAAGUUAGUAACAUAAACGCGCAGAUUAGCGAAGCAUUGAAUGAUAAGGAAGCACAACUUAAAGAACAAAUUUCAGUCCAUGAUAUACUUAAAUGUACUUACGACAAAAAGGUUGAAGAAAAUAACACUAAUCUAACAAUAAUUACAAACCUUACCGACCAGAUUAAUAUAAUUAAGGAAACAAUUAAAGAAAAAGAAGUUGCUUUACAAGCCUUAGAAUCUCAGUUGCACAGUCAACAGAAUAAUAGUCAAAUUGCUGAGGCGGUUAAGGAAUUACAGAUAUAUAAAGACGAGAUAGAUAAAUUAAAAUUACUGAACAAUAUUUUAAACCAAGAAAAAGAAUCGGCUUCUGUUGAACUCCAAAAAGCUAACGAUAUUAUAAAACAAAACAAAAUAGAUUUAGAAAAGAUAACAUCAGACAUGUUAAUAUUAAAGGAAGCUGUCGAUCAAAGUUCCAAUGAAAUGGAAAGUCUAAGAAGUCAAUCAAAGACAUUACUAGAUCAGAAUAAAUUGCUAAAGGAAGAGAUAAAAGAGAAAACAAAAGAAUUUUCGCGGCUUGAAACUAAUAUAAAAACGUACCAGAAGUCGGCUGAAUUCCAGUGCAAGAUGAUUUCAAGAUUAAAGAAAGAGAAGGCUGAUAUUGAAAAAUCAAAUACGGAGUAUAUUGAGAAGUUGUCAGAAUUGACAGCAUUGUUGGAUGAGUUAAAAUCAAAGGACGCUUUACACUCGGAAGAAGUCAACUCCUUGAAGAGUAUUAAGGCCAGUUUGGAGAAUCGUAUAUCAGAAUUAGAGAAAGAUGUUCAAAGUAAACGGAUGUCUAUCGAAGUGAACGGUAACAGGAGCAGACGACAAAGUCUCUAUGACUCCCACAGGACCUUCUCCGAAAACGAUGACGAUCCCAAGAAAGUUGAAGCCGUAUUUAAGUCACGUAAAUGUGAUGAUCUCUUUAUGGACGUGGAUGAGGGAUCCAACAGAAGUACACCGAUCAGGCUGAGUAAAGGACGUGACAGCCUAGCUUCAAGACACGAACAGAGUGAGGAAGAAGGCGGAUCCCGAGCAAGUAGCGUUCAGGCAUCUCGUCGUCGAAGGCAAAGUAUUCACGACGCAUACCGCGGCGCUUUGGAUACCUCCCGAAGACAAAGCGGUGAUCGAAACAACGAAUCUUCAGGCAGCGAUUCGGCCAGUGAAGUAUCUAAAUUGCGCAAGCAGCUGUCGGUUUGCAAGGAGGAAUUGGAAGAGUGGAAAGAAAAAUUCCGGGAAGUUGAUGAAGAGUGUGAGAUCUGCGCUCAAUAUCUUCGCGAAAGAGAUGAACAGUGUCGCCAGCUCAAGGUGGAUAAGCGAAGUCUUGAGAUCACGAUCGAGGAAUUAAAAGAAAAAGUCCAAGGUGUAAACAUCUCCAAAACCAGUUCAGUCGAUAUUGCCGUCAACACCGAAGAAGAUUGGGCGAAUCUCCACUCUGUGGUGGUGGACAGAAUGUCCUACGAUGCCGAGGUCGAGAAAAAUAAGAAGUUAUCGAGAACAAUAGAAGACCUCCGCUAUCAAAAACAAGAGUUGAAGAAAACUUUGACAAAAAUGCAGAAGAGUAUUGAGAGAAACGCGACAAAAGACGGAGAGUUAGAAACAAUAAGGUCUGAGCUAAAAGACUGUCAAAAAGAGCUUGAAGAAGUGAAGGCACGCAAUCGGGAAUUGGACGAAGAGUGCGAGACCUGCUCAGAAUAUCUCAAGGAAAGAGAUGAACAGAUUAAAAAACUGAAGGAAGCGAAGAAGGCGCUUGAGAUCAAGCUAAUGGAUUACGAAGAUAGCAGUAUUUGUUUGUCUGUCCGAAAGAAGCGUCAGACGUUGCACGAUCGUAACCGACAUUCAAAUGGGGAAUUAGUUGACGCAGCCACUGAAACUUGUGCAGAUUUAAACAUCCAACCAGAAAGAGAUGAAAACUCCAAAGAGGCUGAAUUACAUUCAAAAGAAUAUAAACGACUUAAAUGUAUGGUAGAGAAGCUCACACAACAAAAGGCGUCAUUGGAACAGCAAUUGGCCGCCAUGACCUCUGCAACACCGCUUUAUGUAUCCACUGGCAGUUCUAUAGUACAGCAACAACAGUUUUCGGACGUGAUCAAAGAAAAUCAAAAACUCAAGAGUAUGAACGUGAAACUGUCGAAAAUUUGUCGAAAAAUGAAAUCUCAGAACACUAAUCGCGAAAAUGAAGAUCCCGCUGACGAGAUAAAUAUGUAAAUGACAAUUUGGCUUUAUUUCUGUCUGAAAUAUUACCUUUAUUAACAUACAUUCGUGAUUUUUUAUAAAUAAUGCAAUGUGAUUUUUUUUGAAAGGGGAAUUUUAUUUUUUUAUGUUUUCAAGCGAUUUAAUGAUAACAGUUUAAUCAAGCGAACAGUUUUAUCAGAGUUCGUAACAAACCAUCGAGACCAACUAAAAUGCUGUCCU